AUGAGCGCCUCUGCCGUUUCUUCAUCCGAAUUAGAAGAUACAUGCACGGAUGAUACAGAAGAAGCGGAGAAAGAAUGUAGUAAGGAGGAAUACAAGGAGCUAUCUUGGAUAGCGAAUGAGAGGAUCGCACUAUGGAGAGGGAGUUUAGAGAGAGUUGCGUUCAUUCACGAUGACGCCAAGCACGAUGAUAUACUAGAAUGGUACGCUAAGGAAAGUACAGGUUGCCGACAGGGUGAUGCUUAG